AUGCCCUCUCUCAUCUCCCUCACGACCCUCCUGGGGGCCCUGACCUCUCAGGUCUCGGCCUCUCCCGCCAACCUCGACAAGAGGCUAGGUCUCAGUCUUCCUCCCCUGAUCCCUAAGAUCCCGGGUGUCACUGAGCCUUUGGCCGAUAACGCCCCUCCUCUGCCCAUUCUGCAGGUUCCCACGCCUCCUUUGGACAGCCCCCCUUUCAAGGUGUCCAACAUCAAGCCCAAGAAGAUUGGAUACUUUUGGACUGGUGCUGGUGACAACAAGCAUGCCGAUUUCCUCGUCACUGCCAGUUUGGACGAUGACACUUUCGGUGAGAUCAUCUACAUCACCGAUGUCCCCAGCAGUGGCAACUCUCCUCACCAUCUUGGAACAUCUCUGGAUGGCAAGACCCUGGUGGGUGGUGGUCUCCUGUCUCUCCUAAAGACUCAGGACACCGCCUAUUACUUUGACACCACGGACCCCUACCACCCCAAGUUCGACCACAGCAACCGAGGUAUUCUCAGCUCCAUCGUCGACGAGAUCCGAGCCAAGCCUGAUGGUGGCUUCUUUAUUACUUACAUGGGCAGUGCCGUCGGCACUACCCCUGGUCGACUUGUUGAGACCGAUGCCGGUGGCAACAUCAUCCACGAGUGGCCCGAGGAUGUCAAGGGCACCCUCAACAUUCUCGGCGAGCAGUUCUCGCCCCACGGUCUCAGCGUCGACUUUGAGAAGAGGAUUAUUCUUACCUCUGACUUUGUCGUUCCCAUCACCAUUCUGAAGCCCACUCUUGGUAUCAAGAAGGCCGAUACUCUACGCCUGUGGGACCUCGACACUCGCACCAUCAUCUCUACCAUCACCAUCCCCAAGGGCCAAGGUAUCCAGGACGUCAAGUUCAUUCCCGGUAACAAGGAGAGUGCUGCUAUCGCUACUGCCGUCGGCCCCGGCCAAGCCUGGAUCAUCUACCCCUUCCGCAAGGACAAGAACGGCAACCAGGGCGUCGCCGAGCUCCUCUACGACUUUGGUGACAAGGCCAAGGACAACCUCGCCAUCUACUCUGACAUCUCGGAUGACGGAAAGCUCGCCUACUUCACCUUCACCCUCGGCAACCACGUUGCUGCUCUCGACAUUUCCGACCUCAACAACGUCAAGCGUCUGGAUGACCCCGAUGAGGACCAGCCCAUCAUCGGACCCCACUACGUCAAGAUCUCUCCCGACAAGAAGAACCUCCUCGUCACUGGCUACUUUGUGCAGGGUGGAGAUAUCUCCAUUGUCAACACCCCCGGUGACUACAAGGGCCACUGGAUCGACAUCAACGAUGAUGGCUCUCUCAGCUUCAACCGCACCAUUGACUUUGAGGACAUCUUCACCAAGACCCGCGGUGGUGCCCGACCUCACAGUGUUGUCAUCUUUGACCUCACUGACCCCAAGAACCCCAAGUACUACUAA